AUGGUACUUUCGCUCUUUCAGUUAUUUUUUACCGAUGAGCAGUUGUGUUUAAUGGUCGAGAAUACUAAUAUAUAUGAGCAAGUAAAAGGUAGAGUAGGUGGUCAGGUUUGGAAUCCGUUAACUUUAAAUGAACUGAAGGUUUGGCUUGGACUGAUAAUUUACAUAGGAGUUCAUCAUAUUAACGUGAUAGAUGAUUUGUGGAAUCGAGAUGAUAGAAAGGCAAACUAUGAAAUUAAAAAGUUUAUAUCCCUAUAUAGAUUCCAACAAAUUAAAAGAUUCUUCCAUAUUUCAACACCAGGUCAACCUCAUCCACACUG